AUGGUGUCAGGAAGACGUCUAAGUAAUUUUUUAUUGCAAGUGAAGAUGUGUACCUUGGAAGAAGAAAAGGGAAAAUAUCAACUUUCUACAGAAAUAAAAGAAAAAGAAAUAGAAGGAUUGAAGGAAACAUUAAAAGCAUUGCAGGUUUCUAACUAUUCUCUAGAGAAGAAAGUGAAUGAAAUGGAACAUAAAAGUCAGUUAUAUAAUGUAGCUAAAGAAGACCAUCAGAAACAGUUAAAUGAAAUUGAGAAAUACUAUUCCACAAUAAUAAGUCAAUUUGUAUUGGUAAAAGAGAAUCAUGAAAAAUUAGAACAAAAUGUAAAAGAAGCAAUACAGUUGAACAAAAAUCUUUCAGGUUUAAAUAAAAGACAAGAAUCUGAAAUAUGCAGUUUAAAGAAGGAACUAAAAAACGUAACCUCAGACUUGAUAAAGUUCAAAGCCACAUGCCAACAUCUGAUGGGAGAAGAAAACAUCAGUUUAACAGUUAAAGAACAAAAAUUUCAAGAACUUCAAGAAAGACUCAGCAUGGAAUUAGAAUUAAAUAAGAGGAUUAAUGAAGAGAUUGCCAGUAUUCAAGAAGAAAAACAGGCUUUCAUCAUUUCUUUCCAACAUAUGCAGCAGCUACUUCAGCAACAGACCCAAACUAAUACCGAAAUGGAAUCAAAAGUGAAGAUGUUAAAAGAAAGUAAACAGACCCUUGAAAGAGAUAAUGAGCUGCAAAGGGAGAAGAUAAAAGAAAAUGAAGAAAACUUUCUUAAUCUUCAAAAUGAGCACGAGAAAGCACUAGGAACUUGGAAAAAGCAUGUUGAAGAACUUAAUGAAGAAAUCAGUGAAAUUAAAAAACAGUUGUCUUCACUUAAAGAAACUCAUAUAAAGCUACAAGAAAGUUACAAUGAAUUAUGUCAUCAAAGCUUUGAGGAAGACACGAAGCUUCAGACUCUUCCAGAUAGAUAUUCUGAAAAUAAAGAAAUGGCAAUAGAAAAAUUAGAAAAUAACACCACAGGAAAAUACAACUCUGGGCAAGAAAUACAGAAAGAAAAUACUAUGCUGUUUUGUUCCAAUGCUGAAUACAAAGAAAAAGAGGAAAAGAGAGCAGGCCCAUUUGAAGAAGAAAUCCUUAUAAAAGAUAAAUAGGUUUCUGAGAACCACUCCAUGAAGGAAAUUAAUACUAUGGUACACAAGAUGAAAAAUCAAAGUGAAAUUUCUCUAAGCAAAACCCUGUAUAAAAAAGAAUUAGUCAUAGAUAAACCUUCAUUCAAUAUUACUGCUUUUAGAAAACAGGUUAAUAUAGAAAUCAAAGAUGAGGUAUGCAUAGGAGACAAUGGGUAUUCAGAAUUUAAAUUACCAAAUAACUCUAUUUUUGUGGCAGAUUAACCAAUAAAACCAGAAGAGACAUACCUAGAAAGAAUUUAAAAAUUAGAUUUUCACCACUUAGAUGUACAUAUGGAGGACUUAAGUAACAGAUCAUUUAAUACUAUCUUUAAUGAGAUGACUCAAUACAAAAUAAAGAUGCAGCUGAAGUUGACUAUUCAAGAAAAAGUCAGAUUGCUUCCAGGGAAUCAAGAAAUGUCAGAGAAGGAAAUUACAAAUCAAACUAAAACAGAUUUAUAUUCAUCUUUACAUAUUAAAAAGGAUUUUGUUCAGUGUCAAAAAUACAAUUUACAGUAUUCAAAUAAUGUUAUGUUAGAAGGCAAACAGAUUAUACAUACACGACAAGCCAAAGAUAGGAAAACUGCUAUUACUACAAAAAUGUCAAUGAAAUCAUUUUCCAAUAGUCAUAUUGAUGAGAAACUGAGUACUGAAUCCUCAAAAAAUGAACUCUUCCUUUUGUAAAAUGUUAAUGAGAGACAACAUACAUUGUUAAAUAACAGAGAGUUAUUAAAGUGUAUCAUUUCAGGAAAAAUUUACAGUGAAGGACAGCUGGAAGAAUCAUGUUCACUUCACAUAAGGCCAUCUGGAGAUUUAAUAAACAGAAGUGGAAGGUCACUCUUUGAUCUUUCAACUUCAGAUAAAAACACUGAGAAAAUUUCAGUACAUGUGAAUUUCUUAGACUUAUCUUAGUCAAAAGUAAAUCAAGUUAAAAGUCAAGUUGUGAACACUUCAACUUGUAUUCUAUUGUUACUUAAAAAAGAAAUCAAUAGACUCCUCAGAAAACAUAAAAUUGUUUCAGUAACAGUUUGUAAAGAUCAUGGUGUCGCUGGUGUUAAGAAAAAUAUUGAACCAGAUACUACCAGCGUUAACAGAGCUGCUGACACUUUGAAUAACUCAAGUAUCCAUCAGAAUCUCAAGGGAGAGCCCAGUGAAGAGAGGAAUGCAAUUGCAAAGACUUUUUAUGAUUCUUCUUUUCCCACAGAACAUGUGAAAACAAAGCCUCUGGAGUCAACUCAACCACAAAACCACUUUCACUCAGUCAAUUUUAAAGAGGCUACUGAUUUGAUGGCAUCUUCUAGUAAAGAUGAAUGGCAGAAACUCUUAAAAAGUCAAGUAAGCACAAUCAAAUUAGAAAACAAUGAACCUAAAAAGAGGAAAGCAGAGGAGAUGCUGGAAAAAACAGAACACACCUAA